AUGUCUCUCACCCGGGUGUCGUCUGUCGAUGGCUUCGAGCGAGAGAGGAGAGGCUCGAAUGCUUCGUCGCAUCGAAGAAUGAGCUUCAAUCCUUUCAACGACGCAAUGCCGCCCAAGGACCGCAGGCCUAGCCUGGUCCCGACGGUGAUGAUGUACGAUGAAGUCUCGAAGCAGAAGCGGAUCGCCCAGGUCGUCGUUGCCAUUAUCUACUGUCUUUUCGCGGCUGGAAUAGUCUUCGGCUAUGCGGCUAUCAAACCCGUCCUGAUUGAUGAAGGAGUCUUCAAGGGCUUAUGCACGGCAGAAGAGGUGGAAAAGCAGAUAUCACCUUGCUACCAGCAAGAGAUCCGUCUGAACUUGAUGUUCACGGUUGCAGCAGUCUCAACCAAUGUGGCUGCUCUGCCCAUCGGCACCAUCCUCGACAAAUACGGCCCUCGAGUAUGCGGCAUCAUAGGCAGCAUCCUCCUCCUCACCGGUGCCCUCCUCUUCUCUUUCGCGUCACAGGUUAGCGGUGACAUGUUCACACCAGGCUACUUCUUCCUCGCUCUUGGUGGUCCUUUCGUCUUCAUCUCCUCCUUCCAGCUCUCGAACACCUUCCCACAAAAUUCCGGUCUCAUCCUCGCCCUUCUAACAGGAGCAUUCGACUCGUCCUCGGCCCUCUUCCUCUUCUUCCGCCUGCUCUAUGAAUCCACCGGUGGUAGACUCAAUACCCACCGCCUUUUCCUCGUCUACCUCGUCGUGCCGAUUUUCAUCUUCAUCGUCCAGGUUUUCAUCAUGCCGCGCGAAUCCUACAAGACCGUGUCCGAAGUUGUCGAAGACGUCGAGGAAGAGAUCAACGCGCCUACACCGCCCGAAAUCACCGCUGAAGAACAAACAGUGUACCGCGAACGCAGACAGUCAACCAUCGAAGAGAUUACUGCCCUGCUGGAUAAGUCGACCAACAAGAAGCGGCAGAAGAGAGAGGAGAAGAAAAACACAAAGUCCGGUGUCUGGGGCGCUAUGCACGGAUAUUCCGCAUUCCAGCAAAUCAAGUCCCCCUGGUUCGUGCUCAUCACGCUCUUCACAGUCGUCCAGAUGACGCGGAUCAACUACUUUGUCGCCACGAUCCGUCCUCAAGAGCGGUACCUCUUGGGCUCCGAACGCAGGGCCAAAAUCGUGAAUGAUUUCUUCGACGUGGCACUGCCGGUGGGUGGUGUACUGAGUAUCCCCUUCAUUGGCUUGCUGUUGGACAACACGUCGACGCCGUUUGCGCUGGGAUUUUUGGUCGUGACGGCCACGGCCAUUGGGAUUUUGGGCUGUUUGCCAUACAUGUGGGCUGCCAUUGCUAACGUCUGCUUGUUUGUCGUGUACCGGCCGUUCUACUAUACCACUGUCAGCGACUACGCGGCCAAGGUGUUUGGUUUCCAGACGUUCGGUAAGGUUUACGGCCUGAUCAUCUGCCUGGCGGGACUGUUCAAUUUCUUGCAGUCUCCUCUCGACGCAGCCACACACAAGGUCUUCCACGAAAACCCUAUACCGGUCAAUGUGAUCCUACUGUCUUUGGCAGUUGUUGUCGGCUUAGCCCUUGUGAGUUUUACGGGGUGGAAGGCUCGGACGAUGCAUAGGGAUAUGUUGGAGGCCGAAGCGGAGGGCGCGAGGGAGACGUUGAUGCCCGAUCCGAGUGGGGCUUCGAAUGGCUACGGCACCUCAGCCUGA